AUUGAAGAACUUGAACCUUCGCUAGAUAAAAUAGCAGAGGAGCAAAAUGAUGAUGAGGAAGAGCGAAUGUUGAAAAGAAAUCAUCAAGGUGGAAAUAUAUCUCAGUCAUUAUUUGUGGUUGAUAGUACUUUUGAGAGCGACACAAUAGAUUCAACGAUAGAUUAUAUGAUGAACUGGAUAAAUUGGCAAAAGAAGCUCUUCAGAGUAAUGAGGAGUGGAUUAUUG